AUGGCUUUCACCCUAUCCUUCUCAUCAUCAUUAUUCUGCCUUUUGGGCAUCCUCCUCCUCCACGGGGCAGCGGUGACAGGCGGGUGUUUUAGCAUGGAGAGGGAGGCGCUGCUGGACUUCAAAGCUGGUGUCGGAGACACCCGCAACCGGCUAUCUUCUUGGACAGGCCACCACUGUUGCACAUGGAAGGGCGUGGCCUGCGACACCACCACUGGCCACGUCGUCAUGCUCGACCUCCGGAACACAAAUAUUACAGAUGAUCGGGCAUUACGCGGUGAGAGGAUGAACUCGUCACUGCUUGCUUUAUCUCAUCUGAAGCACUUGGAUCUUAGCUUCAAUGAUUUCAGAGGAAUCCGCAUGCCGGAAUUCAUCGGCUCCUUCAAGAAACUGAGAUACCUCAAUCUAUCUUCUACACGAUUCAUGGGAGGAAUACCUGCUCGGCUGGGGAACCUUUCGAGCCUCUACGUUCUUGAUCUAAGUGCUGCUUUAGAUUUUGCAUCCCAUGUUGACGACCUCGACUGGCUCUCCCAUCUUACCUCCCUGAAGCACCUGGACUUUAGCUGCCGUGGCCUCGGGGGCCGUCGCGGCUUGGUUCGGAUCCGGAUGACGGGGAUCUUCCUAGGGAUGCUCCUCGGGGUCUCCCGGCGGCCGAGCUCGGUGGUUCGGGUCGGUGGGUCGGGUCGGUAG